GAGUCCAAUAAUGGAUUUUGACCUGCACGGCCCCUGACAGAUGUUUAGAAAACCUGCAGGCCUAGAACAUUAAAUGCAAGGGUAUAAAUUCAAUAAAUAAUUCAUCUGUGUUCCUUUCUCUCACUCUAGCCAUGCCUCCAUUUGGGGACUUUGGUUUCUGUGUGGCUGUGCUGGCGUCUAUUGUCAGCUCAGCCAUCAUCUUGAUCAUGUCCAUGGCCUUCAUCACCUGCUGUUUGCUGGACUGCAUGAGCAAGAACAAAAUGGAGAGGGAGUCAGAUGUGGGACUGUGGGAUGAGGAAGCCCAAAAGCGGGAGAACAGGUCCCGCAACAGUCACAAAGGCAGAAACAAUAACAACAACAACAAUACAGGAGAGGAGCAGUCACCGUGGGACACACGGAACCCAGCUGUGUGUGACAAAAACACAUCCUGGAGAUUUCCUCCAUCUUAUCCCUGUGGUCCUUCUUCAUCCUGCUCCUACAGCCCUGCUCUCCCCGGCUAUAAUUGUCAUCUGCCUCUAUUACAACAAUUUGAGACACAAUCUGAGCACACAUCUGGCCCGCCUCCGUACCAUGGACCCCCUUGUCCCUCCUGUCACCCUAAGACUUCAGGUCUGAUCCACAUCUCAGUAGUGGGUCCUGGUGGAGGUUUGGUGUGGCAGUACGAAACACAGGAGAGCAAUCUGUCAGAUAUGAACCCAGCAGCUACAGAUGACUUCAACAUCAGGAAUAUGAGCUCACCCAAAGAAUGGUCCAUAAGGAAUAUAUCCAUGUGAGGACACGUUUCAGGGGAGACCAACACCACCUGUCAAGAACUUGUUUCCUGACCAAAAUCUGGAGCCUAAACUCUGUUGAUGAGCACUUCCAGAAGCAGCCCUGGUCAAGUUGACUUUGUUUUUAAUACCUGCAGCCCAUAAAGACUUGAAAAAACCCACAGUGUUUUGACAGAUGUAGG